AGUCAGGAUCACACUGCAACAUGAUUUUGAUUAAUGGAACAAUAAAUAUGUCCGAGUCAGUGUCGGUGUUCAAAACCAACACCAACACUUACAAUGUAACUUCUGUUAGUAGUGCAUGCAUUAAUUACACUGAAACUUGUGCUACUAAAUUUCUGAGACUGCAGUUAUGAUAAAUGUAUUGCUAUAAGGGUACAUCAUUACCUUCAAUGUUGACAUAACAUUUUCCAUUUACUGUCACAAAAUGAAAAAUUGACGCAAGAUUCUGAACAUUUGUAGCAAUGUUAGGUAGCAUAAUCCAGAAUAACUUCUGUAAAGGAUCAAUUUCUCCAUCCCUUGUUCUUUUGCUGUUUUGUUUUUACCAUGUCUUCCAUGUUGACAGUAACAGAAGAUAAGCUUUAUGCAUUCAAUGAUUAAUAAUGGAGUAGGUUUUCUUGUCUUCCAUGUGCUUUUCGAAUUUCAUUUUCGAUACUAAAAAUAAAUUCAGUAUAAAUGUCCAAGUCUAGUAAUGAAACUCAUAACAUUGAUUACUACUAGUACUAUACUUUUAUACGACAUUAUAUUAUCGCAAUGGACUCGAAUUCAUCUAGCUUUCUUUUGAACCCUUCGAAUUUUCACUCAGUUUUUUAUCAAGAUAAACGCGAUGAUGGCAUAAUUGAUCUUGGUCUUAGUCUCGGAACGGUUCAUCAUGAUGCUUAUCAUUCUUCAACCAACUUGUAUGAUGAUGACCUUAUGGAAUGGCCUAAUGUGAAGAAUUCAAGCACGGAGCAUUCGAGAUCUGUUCAUGAAAACUUUGAUGAAGAGAUAGAGGGGGUUCAGAGUAAUGAGAGAUGGGCUUAUGUGAAGGUUAACAUGGAUGGUGUCUCCAUAGGUAGGAAAAUUUGUGUUCUUGAUCAUGGAGGAUAUUCAAGUCUAGCAAUUCAACUAGAAGACAUGUUUGGUAGCCACUCAGUUUCUGGUAUAAGGUUGUUUCAAUCUGGAUCAGAGUAUUCAUUAUUCUAUAAAGAUAGAGAAGAUAAUUGGAGGGCUGUUGGUGAUGUUCCUUGGAAGGAGUUUGUGGAAUGUGUGAAAAGGCUGAGGAUUGCAAGAAAGAAUGAAGCCUAUGUUAAUUAAAUUGUUUUGAUGAGUUUUUGUUGAGUUGUGUGAGUUUAGAUGCAUUAAACUCUUUGCACGUGCUAUUUUAGAUAUAGUAGUUCAUGGAAAGUUGAAAUGUGGUAAUGAAUCUAAGGACUUUGAUGCUUAACACUUGGUGACUUGUGUAACACGUUUUAAUUUCAAUUGAUUCCUAACAAUAUGGAGCUUGAGGAUCGGAGCAUCAUUAAUAAUUACUAUUAAUUGGUUA